AAUGAACUUCUUAAUUUCAAUUUAUUUGUGUUGCUUGUUUUUAUACUGGCAUGUGAAUUCCCAAGAUUUAACAGCUCCGGAAUAUAGAAAAUAUCCAGAAUGCCUUCUAGCUGAAGAUUCUGGCUUUUGUACACCUGUCACCAGAUACGGUGUGGUACUUCCAACCGAGGCGAACCGAGACGAACCGGGCACUUGCACUAAUUUCUCUUAUUACGGCGAAGGCGGUACCAGGGGCUUCGCUUCCUUCCAAGACUGCGUCUAUGCCUGCACUAAGGGACCUUUAACUGAUCUUAUACAAGUCGGAAAAUAAAAAGUGAUUGUCUUGAGUUUUUCCUAUUAUAUGGUUUAAUAA